CGCACCACCGCAUAUCAUCCAUCCAUUCUCCUCACUGCCCUGCCCUCUCCUCUUGCCCGACACCCUGCCAUGGGCUUCCCCGUCGGCUACUCCGAGCUGCUGCUCCCCAAGCAGCUGCUCCACCUCCUCCUCCUGCUCGGCUACGUCCGCCGCUGCCUCCUCUGGGCCUUCCACGCCGUCGGCCUCGGCGACCUCCUGGAUCUCGCCGACGACGCCCACCACCUCGCGCUCCACGACCACUCCUUCCCCCCAUCCUCAUCCUCCUCUGCGCUGCAGCCACAUCCGCAGCAGCAGCACCGGCGCUCCGAGUUCCGGCCCGUGCCAGCCAUGGUCAUCGAGGAGGUGCUCCCCGUGGUGCGCUUCGACGAGCUCGAGACCUCCGACGCGUCCUCAUCUUGCGACUGCGCCGUGUGCCUGAGCGGCAUCGGCGGCCGCGACGAGGUGCGCAGGCUCAGCAACUGCCGCCACGUCUUCCACCGCGCCUGCCUGGACCGCUGGAUGGAGCACGACCAGCGCACCUGCCCGCUCUGCCGCGCGCCGCUCAUCCCCGACGAGAUGGCCGGCGCGCUCUGGGCCUCCGCCGCAGGAAUCCCCGACGCAUCCGACUUCGACUUCUUCUACCUCCCCGGCGCGUCCGUGCCCGCCCCGACGCUGCUGCGCCCGCACGAGCUGCUCCUCACCGGACUCGGCGGGUACCAGUGAGUCCAUCCAUCAUCAACAAGCAGCCUUCUGUUCCAACAUCGAACAGCAAGCAAUUGGGCGUCGCCGGUGACCGUGCGAGAGGCAGCGGGCCGCGUAGAAUGCGCAGCUUGGCAUGGCUGACUGAAUCGGUCGCCGCGUCCGAGGCCGGCCGGCCAAGGAAGAAUACGAGUCGCACGCUCGCCUGGAGGCAGGCAGCCUCCUCCAACAAACUGUGUACAUAGGCACCAAAAGGAGUAAAGUAUCCUCGCGCCCGGAAAAAAAGGGCUACUAGGAGAUUAGAUUCGGGUCAUGUAUAGGUAGAUUCCACCCUCCAAAGUGAGCUGUGAAUCUUUCCGCAGAUUAAAUUUGUUGAUCUAGGCGCUUUAUCAGGAUGAAGAAUUCCUUCA